AUUCACAGCAGCAAUGGGUUCAUUUGUGAUUAUGCUUUUGUUUCUUUGUGCCGUGAGUUUGAUCUUUGACAUUAUCUGCUCUUCAACUUUGGAGGCAAAACCAGGAGAAAAUGUCACUAUUUGGAUUGAGGACAAUGGGGCUACUACAGGUUACAGCUUCUGGUUCAAAAACACGGUAGAUUCAGUUCCAGUUCUUCUUGGGUGCAAGCAGGUUAAAAUAUCAGGCGAAACACAAAAAUGCUACUUCUAUAAUGACAGUGAGAGAAUAACGAUGUCAGUUCACGGCAAGAAAACCUCUCUCUCCAUCACUGCUGUAAAUGUCUCUGACACAGGACUGUAUUACUGCAGCUUCAUUCAACAAGCCGAAAUGAAAUUUUGUAAAUCAGUCUAUUUACAAGUGAAAGGGGGAAAUGAAACACUUGUCAAUGACAUGAACAAAGCAGCAGACCGUGGCUGCUUGAAUGUGUUUUUCAUGCUGACUGUAGUGUUUGGUGCAGUGAGUAUGAUUCUUCUCAGUAUGCUGAUCUUCAUCAUACAGAAGUACAGAAAAAAAGAAACAGGUGUUAAUGCUAAAGUUUAUGAGGAUCAGGAGUCUGAAUCGCUAAAUUACGCUGCCCUACAGCUCUCUAAUCAGAAAAGCAAGAGGAAAGGGAAACAUGAUGCACUGGAAUAUCAAUACGUUAUUUAUUCUCUUGUCAGACAGGAGAAGGGUUAGUGUAAUAUGUUUACAUAAUAAUCAUUUUUAUUAGUGUGUGUAUGAGAAUUUUCUUUGAAACUUGGAAACAACUUAAACUUGGAAACUCAGAUUCUCAGUUUUUCUUCUUCCUGGCUCCCAAUUUUUUCAGUAGUUUUUUCUGCAAUUGAGAUGUAUUUAUAGGCUAAUUAAUACUGUUAGCCGAAUCCAAAUCUUCGUGGAUACUACAACAAAUCACCAACCAAUCAAGAACCUUUUAUUCUUACGUGCUUUUAGUUGUUUUUUCACGAAUAUCUGGGACAUUUCCCGCCACCAGAGGGCAACCCUGAACAUCAGAUUAACUCUUGUGUAAUUCUACACCCUACACCCUUUGCCCUUUUCCUUGUUAAGCCAAAAAGUCUCCAUUGGUCCACUGUUUCUCAACCUACUGCCCUUCUCUAGGCAGUCAACAAAGUGACAUCACUGAUGCGUGACACUGCUGGUUAGUGUUUGAACCUGUCUUGAGCAAAUCUUUGCAUUUAUAUUACAAAAAAUAUGAUUACCAGCAAAAACUAACUUAAAUGUAUGGAGUUAAACUGAAGAAUGCAAGUCUUAACUCAGUAUGUAGACACAAAGGGAUCUAUCCAUUUUUGGAAGAACUUACUUGUCUAAAAUAGAGAGUCUAGCUAGAUGCAUUUAUCCUGCAUUUUCUUUAUCCAUCUCUAAAAAAGCUACUAAAACAAUCAACCAAUUAAACCUGGAUUUUCUAUGGAGAAAAGGGCCACAUUACAUUAUAAAGGUUGAAUGACUCAAAGAAUAUGUAGAUGGAGCAUUACAAGUCAUAGAUAUUGAAUGUAUUAAUGGCACAUUUAAAAUCUGUUGGAUUAAGCACUUUAUAAGGGAUGAUAAUAGUGUUUGACAUUCCCACAGCCUUAUUUAAAAAACUAGGAGGUAUUGAUCUUCUCUUAAAAUGUGACUUCCAUAUUCCCACAUUACCGGUUAAACUAGCAGCAUUUCACCAGCAGGCACUUUUAUUUUGGAAACUUAUAUAGAGUCUUUAAAUAUAACUAUAACUUUACACAUAGAACUCCUAUAUGGAAUAAUAGAUAUAUUUUACAUAGAAGAAAGUCAAUAUGUAUUGAAGAAUGGGUGCAGAAAGGUAUUUGGUCAGUGACUCAUUUGAUGGAUGAUAAUGGCUUUACCUUAAUACAUGGAAAAGGGCAAAGAUUUUAAAAAGCAAAAUCUCUUCAGUUUUCUGGGAUGAUAUGCAUCAUUGGUUGGUCACUAGAAUACAUGCCCAUCCACCCUUCACGUGAAAUGAUAUUAUAUUUGGCACGCUGCUACCUGAUAAUAAAGCUGACUUUCUUGUAAAUGUCAUUUUAUUACUUGGGAAGUUCUUUAUUCAUAAAUGUAAAACCCUAAAGACCAGACCUCUUUUUUCUGUUUUCAUAAGAGACCUAGAAAAUAGCGUUCUCCUGUCACUAAAGCAUAGGUAUUAAAAAAUGGAGUAAAACUUCUUAAUAUAUGUCGUGAAUUCAACAUUAUCAAUAUAAAUUAAAUGGACCGUCUAGUAUGUAUUGAGCAAGUGAGAAGAUGGGCGAUUACACACUACUACAUGUAAUCGAUAUCAAUGUAUACGUUAGUUAGUUGCCUUAAUUGCCCAAUGAAUCAGUUUUAAUAUGUCUAAAAUGGUUCUUAAGUGUUCCAGUUGUUUUGUGCAGGUGUGGAUGACAUUGCUUUCUUCCUAGAGGAGCAGAGUGCUGGGGUGGCAUGCAACUCCAUAAUGAUGUUGAUCUAUCUCUAGCACACAGACAAAAAUAAAGAGUUUAGAAAUGAAUUCUAAUUUAAAGCGUUAUUUCGAGUUGACAGUUUUUUGACUCUGACAAGAAGCCAUUGUUAUAAUAUAAAUAAACAGCUCUCUUGGCCAUGUCCUGAUCAGUGUGUGCAUGUGUCU